UUGAGAAUCAUAUACUUGGCCAAGCUGGACCUAAGGCGUAGGAUGGGCCAGAAUAGUAUUCAAUGUGGUAGAUUCUUGCAGCCACUUUUUUCUGCAGUAACUUGGUGCACCCUUUAUAUUUAUUCAUGGUGUAUCUUUCAGUUCAUAAGAUGUUUCUUCCCUAAUAAUUCUCCAUGCAAAUGAUUGCUGAAUCAAACAUGAGACCCUGCUUCCAUUUCUGCUAUUCCUAUACCUUUCUUCUUCUUUUCCUUCUCCUUUCCCAUCACACUGCUUCACAGAAGACAUGUCCAAACUGUGGCUCUAUGCAAGUUCCAUACCCUUUGAGCACACAUCCAAGUUGUGGUGAUCCAUACUACAAGCUUCGUUGUGAUUCCCACUCUCAAAACCUUUACUUCGACACCCUCAAUGGAAGUUCCUAUCUCCUUCUCCGAAUCAUUCCUUCAAUCCAACGCAUGGUGGUAGAGCCAUCACCUUGGUUACCAGGUUCCUGUGUUACACAAGACAUGCCCAGAAGCAACGGUAUAUGGUUGAACCAGUCACUUCCUUUCAAUAUAACUUCAUCCAAUACAGUGUUCCUCCUUAAUUGCUCUCCACGCCUCUUGGUUUCUCCUCUCAACUGCACUUAUUCCAGUGUUUGCCAUCGUUACUUGGAGAGUUCAGGUCACGUUGACACAAAACGAGCGCUUGAAUGUGCGAGUGGUCUUCACCCUUGUUGCACUUUUCUAGCUGGAGGGAUACCUUCAGCAUACAGGAUCAGGCUCCAUGAGUCUGGCUGCAAAGCUUUCAGAAGCGUUCUUCAUUUGAACCAAGACAAGCCUCCUAAUCAGUGGGAGGAAGGGCUUGAAAUUCAAUGGGCUCUUCCACCUGAACCAGUGUGCAAGACGCAGAAGGAUUGCUCUGGAGACUCUACGUGUUCCCCUUCUGGUAGAAGUGGCUUAUUUCGCUGUCUUUGUAAUGGGGGACACCGUUGGGACCCUUUUGUCACAACGUGUGUGAGGUAUGAGAGAAAACCCAAAUGGAAAACCAGCUUGGUGGUUUCAAUAGGGGUGGUUGUUACCUUUUUCUCUCUUCUUGUGGUUCUGACCAUCAUCUCGAAGUCCCGGAAGAUCUCAACCUAUAGAGAUAACAAAGCGAAGGAAAGAGAAGAGAAGCUGAAAUCAAGUGGUGGGGAGAAGCCUUGCAGGAUGUUUCAACUGAAAGAGGUGAAGAAAGCAACAAAUGGUUUUUCCCAACAGAGGUUCUUGGGGAGUGGUGGCUUUGGGGAAGUUUACAAAGGUGAGCUACAAGAUGGAACAUUAGUGGCAGUGAAGAAAGCCAGAGUGGGAAACCUGAAAAGCACCGAACAAGUGCUUAACGAGGUUGCAAUACUGUCUCAAGUGAAUCACAAGAACUUGGUGAGGCUCUUGGGGUGCUGUGUGGAAUCUGAGCUACCAUUUAUGAUCUACGAGUAUAUCUCAAAUGGGACCCUCUACGAUCAUCUUCAUGGCAGGUAUUGUUCCAACUUUCUAAACUGGAAAACCAGGCUCAAGGUUGCUUUUCAAACUGCAGAAGCAUUGGCGUAUCUUCAUUCUGCUGCACACACACCCAUCUACCACAGAGAUGUUAAGUCAACAAACAUACUAUUGGAUGAUGAUUUCAAUGCCAAGGUCUCAGAUUUUGGACUCUCCAGAUUGGCUAGCCCGGGACUGAGUCACGUUUCAACAUGUGCUCAGGGAACGUUGGGGUACUUGGAUCCUGAAUACUACCGCAAUUACCAGUUAACAGAUAAAAGUGAUGUUUAUAGUUAUGGGGUUGUGUUGCUAGAGCUUUUGACUUCACAGAAAGCGAUUGAUUUCAAUCGUGACGAAGAUGAUGUGAACCUGGCAAUUCAUGUGAAUCAACGUGCGAGCAAUGGUACAAUCAUGGAAUUGGUGGAUCAAAGGCUUGUUUCCGUGGAGAGUUGUGGGGAUAAAAUGUUGACAAGCAUAGAACUGUUCUUGGAGCUUGCACUUGAAUGUCUGAGAGAGAAGAAAGGUGAAAGGCCUAGUAUGAAGGACAUUGUUGAACGCCUACUCUGCAUGAUUAGGAUUGUAGAAUGAGAGUGAAAUAGUACGUACACGUGUGGUUUGUGUUUGAUUAUAAAUGAACUGUGUAGUAGUUAGUAUUUAAUUAUUAUUGGUGCAAAACUUAGUAUAUCUGUAUUGAUAGAAAAAGAAGGUAGUGGCAAUGGGGUCUUAGAGAGAUAGUGAUUAGGCCACUGAGAAUUUGAUUGGGUUGGAAUCAGAUGCUUUGAAUUCAUUAUGUGAGUUGUUAGAAUAUUUGAGAAUUUUGGAUUUCUUUGUCAUCCAAA